AUUGAAUUAGUUGUAGUGCCGAAAAACAGGGGAGCUCCUCUUUUUUCAAGUAUCGCCUUGUGGACAGAAUGUUUUCGGUAGCGUCUUCCGAUAGCAAGCAGGAACAGUCUCCGAAAAACGAAACAGAGUAUCAGGAAGAAGUCCAGGCAAUGCAGCACUUAAGCGGCCUAUUCUUUCGCGAUGAUUUCGAGAAGGAAACUGAUUUUAUUCCAAUCACCGAUAAGCAGUUGCAGGAGCUGCAAGACAUAGUGACAGGCCCAGGCAAUGCUCCUCUUAUCAGCAAAUAUUCGCUUACAAUUACUAAAAAAGAUAUUCGCACACUGACCGACCUCAGCUGGCUGAACGACACAGUGAUCAAUUUCUAUAUGAAUCUGCUCAUCGAACGUUCGCAGCAGAAGGAGGAAAUUCUGCCCAGUGUCUACAGCAUGAGCACGCUCUUUCUGGAUUGCAUCUUCAGGUAUGGGCUAGAUGCUGUGAAGCGCUGGACGAGAAAGAUUGAUGUGUUCAGAAAGGACAUCAUUCUAGUGCCUGUGCACUGCAAUGGUAAUCAUUGGUGCAUGGCCAUCAUACACUUCCAAAAUAGGACUAUCUUCUACUACGAUUCGCUUGGAAAUCCGAAUGACAUCGUCCUGGAUGUCCUUAAGAACUACAUUAUUGCCGAGUCGCUAGACAAGCGCAAGGUGCAGUACGACCUGAGCGGCUUUAGGAUUGAAAAUGUGUUGAAUGGUCCGCAACAAACGAACGGAUCAGACUGCGGUGUGUUUAGCUGUAUGACAGCCGAAUAUAUAACUCGGGGAAAGCCGCUGACAUUCAAUCAGGAGCACAUGAGCUAUUUUCGUAAGAAAAUGAUACUGGAGAUUGUUCAUGGGCAGCUGUGGAAAUAGUACUCGCCAA